GGUGUUUACAUGGUCCCGCCUGGCUCAGUGCGUGGCAGAGGCCGGUCAGCUCCGCCAGCAACGACCAGUUUUUUGAACGCGGUGGUUCGGUUCACGCCUCGUGGCCCGGGCCUGUCGCGUCGUGUCGAGCCUUUGCGGGGCGCGCGGGGCGUGCGGCGGGCGGGCGCGGGCUCCCCCGGGAGAGCGCGUGCACACGUGCGAGUGACGCGUGCCGGGGUGCGUGUUCGAAACCCUCGCGGGAAGUGGACGGCGGAGGGACGCGUUUGCCGGCCUGACAGCGGGACGCGCUUCCAGGCGUGAGCGCACCGGCUCAGUGCAGGCCCUGCUGCCCCGCCGGAGGCACGAUGGGGGGCCCGCACGUACACUCCGUGCGCCUGCACCGGGACUUCCAGGGCCAGCCGUGGGGCAUCCGCCUCGUGGGCGGAGUGGACCUCAACGCGCCGCUGGUCAUCACCAGAUGCCAGGUCGGCAGUCCAGCGGAGGGCGAGCUGCACAGAGGCGACGUCAUACGAAAGAUUAACGAGUACGACUCCAGGGACCUGAGGCACAAGGACGCGCAGAGCCUGUUCAGGACUGCGGGCAACACCAUCGACCUGGUCAUCGUCAGAGACACCCUGGCCGUGCCGCCCUCCAGCACGGCGGCCAGCUCGCGCGCCAGCAGCGUGGCUCCCUCCUGCUCCACGCCCACGCCCACCUUCGCGGCGCUCAACGCCCGCCCGCCCGUGGCCGGCGGCGUGGCGACGGCCCUCGCCGCCUGCCUACCCCGCAGCCCCAACGGCGACCUCAGCCCGCUGCCGCACGCCUUCGACGGCCCCCGCCACCGCACCGACGACGACAUCAUGCCCAUCCACAAUCAGCCCUACCGCACCACGCCGCUGGUGCUGCCCGGCGCCAAGGUGAAGAAGGAGGACAACGUGACGGACUGCUACCUGCGCCACCACCCCAACCCCAUGAUGCGCGCGCCGCCCGGCCACGGGGGAGAAUGGCUGCCGGCCGACGUCGUCAUGAAGCAGAAGGUGGCGGACACUGUCUUGCAGCGAGUGGUGCCGAGCGAUCCCGGCAGACAUGUCAUAAACAAGCCGUUCAACACCCCCAUCGGCCUGUACUCCGAGCAAAACAUCGUCGACACAAUCCACAAGACCCUGGGCUCGCCGAACAAUGCGAGUCUCCGACAGGCGCCUAAAGUUAGCCUGAAGCCCACCGUCGUCUACGACCCGGCCAAGUCCGAGACCUACAAGUUCCUCCAGGAGCAGGAGCUCGGCGACCACGUCCAGGAGGUGACCGUGCCCCCCCAGCCCAAAGUCUUCACUCCCAACAAGGUGCCCGCAGGGGUGAGGAAAAUUAAUCCACCACCGACCCAGAGGGUUCAUCAAAAAACUAUUAGCACUGCACCCAAUCCAUAUUAUCAAGUGAACACGAUGGGAGUGCCGGCCGAGCGCAUCCAGCAGAGCGGCUCCUUCAACAGGCUCAUGCACAUGGUCAUGAACGACAUGUAGACUGACCCCGCAGGCCCCAGCCAUGCCCCAGCCCCCACUCCCCACCCCCACCCAAUGCCAGAACAGGAAAACUCGCCUCAGUUAAGACUUGGGUCUGCGCCGUGAUAUGCUAUCGAGCGUCCAAAUAGCUGUCACGCAAAUAUUCAACUCUCAUCGGAGGCCAGCUUUCCAUUCUCUCGUCUAGUCCCUCCACCAGCUACCCUGGAUCGCGCUUACCGUCAUAGGAUGUGUGCCCCUAGCACGAUGCCAAGUCGAUCCAGGGCUUGGCUGCCCAUCGACUCAGCCCGCAUUGAGGGCCGGCUGUACCUUGUGAUCGACUGAGAGCGCCAAAACGUUCAAGUAUUCUGUGAAGUAUAUGCAUUUUACUGCCUAUGAGUCUGGGAACUUUUAAGAACUGAUCAGUAUCGACCGGGUUUUUAGAACAAUAAAAUAUGACAAGGAAGAAGAGCGGUAGACAAGAUCUAUUUUGUUGCAAAAAUUUUGAAAUGUCCCGGACUGUAAAUAUGUAGCUCUAGAAGUCUUCCACAAAGUGAUUUCAUUCAUGGUAAUAAUUUAAACCAUUUCAUUCAAAUAUGCUUAUACUCAUGUAUUGCAUCUAAGUUAGAUCAACGUUCUGGCUUAACUUAGAAGUAUUACGCUUACUUACAACUAAUUUCAGUGUCUCAUUGACUUCAACACUGUCCAAUUAUGGGUGGCAUAGAUGCAGGAUUUAGCAGUAAUUAUAAUAUUUUAUUUUGAUUUCUUUUUUUUUUUUGCUGAGUAAUGUACAUUUUGAAAAAUUUCAAAGCUUUAAUGUAAAUUUUGAUGUAGAACAGGAGCAGGUCUCACUUGAGAAAGUAUUUAUUUUCUGUUAUGUUAUUUUGUAUGUGUUCAGAUCACCUUUUUAUUCCUAGUUUACUACAUAAGGAUAAUUUAUUGAGUGUACCUUCUAGUCAAAAGUGAAUGUGACUGAUGUCAUUUUUUGAAAGUGUGCUUUGGUUGACCAUAGGUAUUCCAAAGCAUAAGAAUCAUCACAGUCUCUAUUGUUUGUUUGGGAGCAAGCAUGCUGCACUUCAUUUAGCGAUGUUCAAUUUGAUUUCAGCAUGACUGUAACUUGUGAAUUGAAAAUGUGUUUCGAUAACUUGUUAUGAAAGUGGCUUACAAAAUAAAGAAAAUAAGUUAUUGAUAGAA